AUGGAGUUGAUCACGUGGUGGCAUGGAGUUGAUCACGUGGUGGAUGAAGUCAACAAUGGAGUUGAUCACGUGGUGGAUGUAGUCAAGUGUCAAGUGACCUCCUGUAAGAGCCCAGAUCCUGUAGUGCACAACCCUCCCAGCAUCACCUGUCCCAGCGUCCCCACGGUCACUGCCCCGCCCAGAGCUACCAGUGCCAAGGUCACGUGGCACGAACCUGCAGGAGCCAGUAGAAGUGGUCCAGCUCCAGGGAGUGUGUUGCACGAGGGAGUGACAUCAGUCAAUUACACUGUCAAGGACAGCGCCACCGGUCUUUCCAACAGAUGCACCACGAAGAUUGUGGUCCGGGUGGUUCGAUGUUCUCGCCCGGCUGCCCCCGGCAACGGCGCCAUCCAGUGUGACGGUCUGGUGUACGGGAACAGUUGUAUAUAUUCCUGCAGUAAGGGCUACGAGAUAGUGGGGGCAGCCAACACCAAGUGCGGACUCAAUGGACGGAUGUCCAGCAGUGCUCCAGCAUGCAGACCUGUGUCGUGUGGAACUCCGUCGCCGAUCAACAAUGGACGCUUCACCUGUCACGGAACCACAUUUGGAAGCACGUGUCAGGUUACCUGUGACGUGGACUACACGGUGGACAGUACGGCGAGAAGCAUCACGUGCAAGGCCGACAAACAGUGGACUCGUACAAGAGGCUGUCUUGACAUGAAGCCCCCGAUGAUAUCCCCCUGCCCACACUCCAUGGUGUUCCUAGCUGACAGGGGACGUACGUCAACAACAGUCACGUGGGAGAAGGUAACAGCGAUUGACCCACCAACUGCACUUACACCCCGUGUGGUACAGACCAAGGGUCCGCUCCCGGGGUCAGUGGUGGACGAGGGAAGUCACUAUGCGGAAUACACGGCUGUAGACGCCGCUGGGAACGUUGCUGUACACACAUGUUCCUUCAACGUGACAGUGAAAGGUGACCUGCUGCAUUAA